AUGCCGACAUGGCCCGAACCACAGCAGCAAGAGACCAAUGAGGGAGAUGUUACCGCAGUACGUGAAACCGUUCUGCAGCAGCCAUCCGACCGACCCGGUGCAUACACGGGUGGAUGCGGUGUUUGCAGCCGCCUUCACCUUUUGCGUCGCGGCAGCGGAGUCGAAUUGCGGAGGCGAAACUGGAGGAAGCGGCCUGACGAUGUCAUUUUGCCUCUCAAAGUCUCCGGUUUCAAGCUCCGUCGUCAGGAACUGGGAGCAACAGCCGGGUCGAGGUCAACACUCGUCGGAACCAAGGCGAUAUGGAAUGCGCUCGAGUCUGGAGGGAGCUUAGCGUGGCUCUUUUGUCUGGCUCUGCAUCCGGCUAGGUCGCCGGCUCGGUUGAGAGGGCGGAAGGCGGCACCGAUGAAGAAGAGACAGAGGGGCGGCCUGCUGAAGAGGGGUGCAGCUGGUGGAAACGGCGUGCAGAGACAGCCGUCACAGAUCGACAAGUUGAACCUCCGCACCGCGCUGCUGCCCUUGGCCCCGCCGUUCCGCCUGGAACACGCCGUCAUCCGCCGCCGCCGAUUGUGCUUUGGCCUGGGGCUCAUUGUCUUCGGAGGCAGGAGGCGCUUAGCUUUGACGCUCGUCGGAUUGGCCGACGACGUCUCGCGCAACGCCCGCCAUGAAGCCCCUUCAUCGCGGCAAAGGCCAAGACCAGCACUCGCCUCUGUUGAUGCCGCCCACAAAUCGGACCCCCCGUCUGCCUCAUCUCGAAGCGUUCGGCUAAAGCUGCCUUGCAGUCCUCGCGCAGCCUCGUCGCCCUCGCUCACUCCGACCGUCUUGACGUCGCAACACGGCCAUUUUGCUUGCGCGCCCUGCUCCUUCUCCGGCUGCUCCGGCCCUGGCUAA